AUGCCAGUUAUCACACUGAGGGGGGAGCAGCCUUUGAAUGUGCAGCGCAACUCAGGAAUGGCUCUCUUCGAGCAUGGUCAGGUUGACAGAAAGCCAGUGAACCUGGGUCUCUGGGAUACAGCAGGGCAAGAAGACUACGACCGGCUGCGGCCCCUCUCCUACCCUCAGACGGACGUCUUCUUGAUCUGCUUCUCCCUGGUGAGUCCGGCCUCGUUUGAGAAUGUCCGAGCCAAGUGGUACCCAGAGGUCCGGCACCACUGCCCAAAUACUCCCAUCAUCCUGGUGGGCACCAAGCUGGACUUGAGGGACGACAAGGACACCAUUGAAAGGCUGCGUGAUAAGAAACUGGCCCCCAUCACCUACCCCCAGGGCCUGGCCAUGGCACGGGAGAUUGGCUCAGUGAAGUACCUGGAGUGCUCGGCCCUGACCCAGCGGGGGCUGAAGACGGUGUUUGACGAAGCCAUCCGGGCCGUGCUCUGCCCCCCGCCUGUGAAGAAGCCUGGCAAGAAGUGUACCGUGUUCUGAGCGUGUUGGCAAGGUGCUGACUCAGCAUGUCCUGUUCAUCCCCCUCCAACAGAUUGCGUGUUCGCGGGGUGUUUCUGGAGGGGGCCGUGGUCUGUGGGGCCCUUCAUCAUGUAUGAAGUCAGUGUUUUUUAAAUGUCUCUUUGAUUUAACGUCAGUGUUGAUGUGAAGGGGCAGUGGGGGCGGGAGGUUAGGUGGAUGCUGUGCAGCCCCCAGGGAAGGAGCCAGGGGCAGGGUAGCUCUCCUUUAGCCACCCGUUCUGUGAUGGAAGCCCCUGUGUGCAGUGCACAGGGGGAGCAUCCCUGGGGGGGAGGUAGGGCCACUGGGAGUUGGUUUGUGAAUGACAAGACCAGCUGGAAGGGUAGUGGGGCCUCCUGACCCCAGCCUAUUGCUGGUGAUACCUAACCAGCAGGUGCACUCAGUGCCAGCACCUGGGAGUCAGAGAACAAACUCCAGCAGGGGUGACGUAAGCAGGAGCCAGAGGCUGAAGAACUAACGAUUUGGUGCUUUAUUGGGCACUAAUCACAAGGGCAGCUCAGUGCCUUUUACCGCAGCAUCCGUUGGGCGUGGCGCCAGCCCGGCAGUCGGGGGAGAAGGACGGUGCGCAGGGGCCUCUCCACCCCAUGCAGCCCAGGGUAUUGCUAUGGAAGGGGCUGGGGCAGCGCGCGUCGGGGGCUGAGGAGAGGGGGCGAGCAGACAGGCCCUGGUUCUGAUCAUUAUGUAGAGUGACAAGACAAACACCUCUUAUUUUGGUACAAUAAACAUUCUCCAUGAA